CAUCAACUCGCCUCCAACUACUGAAUCCGUCUUUGAGUUGAAUGUGUGGACUGUGGACAUGAACUGAAAGAUAAAAAAUUAAGGGGGGAAAAACCACAUUCGGUUUAAAAAAGACUUUUGGACAUAUUUCAGCUGAUCGUGGAUGCAACGAUGAGCCAACCGCAGCUGAAUGAAUUCAUUCCUCCCCCAGAGUGUCCUGUUUUUGAGCCCAGCUGGGAGGAAUUUGCUGACCCUUUUGCGUACAUCAACAAAAUACGACCAAUUGCGGAAAAAACUGGCAUCUGCAAAAUCCGACCGCCACAGGAAUGGCAGCCGCCUUUUGCUUGUGAUGUUGACAGAUUAAAAUUUACACCCCGAAUACAGAGACUCAAUGAGUUGGAGGCUCAAACCAGAGUUAAGCUUAACUUCUUGGAUCAAAUUGCAAAGUUCUGGGAGCUCCAAGGAUGCACUCUGAAAAUUCCUCAUGUGGAGAGAAAAAUCUUGGACCUAUACCAGCUGAAUAAGUUGGUGAAUGAAGAGGGAGGCUUCGAUGCCGUCUGCAGAGAGCGGCGCUGGACAAAGAUCUCGGUGAAGAUGGGCUUUGCUCCUGGCAAGGCCAUCGGCUCUCAUCUGCGUGCACAUUAUGAGCGGAUCCUUUUCCCAUACAACCUUUUCCAGACUGGAGCCAAUCUGCCCAAGGCGACUUUGACUAAUGACACUAAAGACAAGGAGUACACCCCUCAUGACCUGCCCCAGCGUCAGUCUGUGCAACCCCAAGAGACCUGCAGCAUCGCUCGCCGGGCUAAACGAAUGAGAUCUGAGAGAGGCAGCUUUAAAACAGAACCAGAGGACAUUUGCGACAAUCGUCCCAACCUGAGGAGGAGAAUGGGAACAUGUGCUGCCAAACCUGAACCAGUGAGAAUGGCAGUCACUGUGGUGAAACAGGAGCCCACUGAACACACAGAUCCAACCAAUUAUGAAGAAUCUAAAAUUAAUAAUAUAAACAAACCAGCAGGGAAUAAAGUGGACCAGUACAUCUGUCUGGUAUGUGGCAGUGGCAGUGCAGAGGACCGCCUGCUCUUGUGUGAUGGUUGUGAUGAUAGCUAUCACAUCUUCUGUCUGAUCCCGCCCCUCCACGAAGUCCCCAAAGGUGACUGGAGAUGUCCCAAGUGCUUGGCUCAGGAAUGUGGCAAACCUCCUGUUGCAUUUGGCUUUGAGCAGGCCAGCAGGAGCUACACCCUCCAAACCUUUGGAGACAUGGCCGAUUCCUUCAAGUCUGAUUAUUUUAACAUGCCAGUUCAUAUGGUUCCCACUGAGCUUGUGGAGAAGGAGUUCUGGCGUCUCGUCAGCACCAUCGAGGAGGAUGUCACGGUGGAAUACGGAGCAGACAUCGCCUCCAAGGAGUUUGGGAGUGGUUUCCCUGUGAGAAACAGCCAUUUUGAAGUGUCUGCGGAUGAUGAGCAUUACCUAAGCAGCGGCUGGAACCUGAACAACAUGCCAGUGCUGGAUGCCUCCGUGCUGACCCACAUUACAGCAGACAUCUGCGGGAUGAAGGUUCCCUGGCUCUAUGUGGGGAUGUGUUUCUCCUCUUUCUGCUGGCACAUUGAGGACCACUGGAGCUACUCUAUAAACUAUCUUCACUGGGGGGAGCCAAAGACAUGGUAUGGUGCUCCCGGUUAUGCUGCAGAGCACCUGGAAUCCGUCAUGAAGAAAUUGGCUCCUGAGCUGUUUGAGUCCCAGCCAGAUCUCCUUCACCAGCUGGUCACCAUCAUGAAUCCCAACACGCUGAUGAACAACGGCAUCCCGAUCUAUCGCACCAACCAAUGUGCUGGGGAGUUUGUCAUCACCUUCCCCAGAGCUUACCACAGCGGCUUCAACCAGGGUUUCAACUUUGCUGAGGCGGUCAACUUCUGCACCAUGGACUGGAUGCCUAUUGGGCGUAGCUGUGUGGAUCACUAUCGGCAGCUCAGCAGAUACUGUGUCUUCUCUCACGAUGAGAUGGUUUGUAACAUGGCCCUCAAAGCAAAAACCAUGGAUGUUGAGCUGGCAUCAGCGGUGCACGAAGACAUGAAAGUCAUGAUUCAAGACGAAAAGAAGCUAAGAGAAUGGGUCAGCAAGCUGGGUGUCGUGCUGUCUCGCCAAGUUGAUUAUGAUGAGCUCCCAGAUGAGGAGCGGCAGUGUUUCAAGUGUCGGACCACCUGCUACCUGUCUGGCGUCACCUGCGGCUGCAGUUCUGACAAGAUGGCUUGCUUGUACCACGCCCAAAGCCUCUGCUCUUGUCCUUUUAGUAAUCUAACACUCAAUUACAAAUUUACUCUGGACAAGCUGUGCCCUCUGAUGGACUCUGUGAAGCUGCGUUCAGAAUCCUAUAAAGACUGGCUUUCCUCUGCUCAGGACAUAGUGGAGAACAAAGGAAGCAAGAAAAAAGGUCUGGAAGAACUUCACAGUCUGGUGGAGCAGGCAGAAACUAAGGCCUUCCCUAAAAGCAGCCUCGUGGAUCAGCUGCGUUCCAUCACAACCGAGGCGGACAAAGUUGCUGUGAUGGCGCAGCAGCUUCUCAAUGGGAAGAGGCAGACUAGAUAUCGCUCAGGAGGAGGAAAGUCUCAAAAUCAUAAUGAACUGACUGUGGAAGAGCUGAGGUCCUUCGUGCAGCAGCUGGACAACCUGCCCUGUAACAUACGACAGGCCCCUUUACUUAAGGACCUGCUGGCCCGAGUGGACGACUUCCAGCAGUGCAGCGAGCGCCUCCUCUCCGACGAGUCGCCCAGCCCGCAGGAGCUGCAGGACCUGCUGGAUGUGAGUCUGGGCUUGGACGUGGAGCUGCCACAGUUACCCAUGCUGAGGGAAAGACUGGAGCAGGCCCGGUGGCUGGAGGUCGUGCAGCAAGCCAGCAGCAGACCCGACAGCUUGUGCCUGGACACCAUGAGGAGGCUGAUCGACCAGGGCGUGGGCCUGGCCCCCCACAGCUCGGUGGAAAAAGCCAUGGCUCGUCUGCAGGAGCUCCUAACUGUAUCGGAGCAGUGGGAAGAGAAGGUGCUCGGCCUCAUGGAAGCCAGGCCAUGUCACAGCGUAGACACCCUUGAGGCUGCCUUACAAGAAGUUGAAAACAUCCCAGCAUAUCUGCCCAACUGUCUGGAGCUGAAGGACGUCGUCACCAAAGCCAAGAAAUGGCUUCAUGAAGCGGAAACGCUGCAGCUAGGGGGACGGAUUCCUGUCCUGGAGAGCCUCUCUGAGCUGGUUCUCAGAGCAGAAGGCAUCCCGGUGAGACUGGAGCCUCUGAGUCGUUUGGAGGCCCUCAUCAGUGACGUUCAGAACUGGAAAGAGAGCGCCGCAAAGACAUUCCUGCUGAAAAACACCCCCUUCACCCUCCUCGAGGUCCUCUGCCCAAGAUGUGACGUGGGAUCCGGAAAUCACAAGUUAAAAUCUAAAAAACUGAAAGAGGUUUCCCAGCACGUUAAAAAAUCUUCAACAAAACUGGAGUCGGUUUGUGAGAUAGAAAGAGCUCUCUCGGAAAGCAAGGACUCUGCUUCUGCUAUGAACACGCUUGCUGAGGUCCAGCAGAGGGAGAUGGCCAUCCUGCUAGCUCUGAGAGAUUCAAACGAAGCCAAGCUUCUACCUGCUGAAAACUGUAGUGCACUUAAUGUCUGUGUGUGCCAGAAGGCUCCUCUGGGGGAGAUGGUGCAGUGUGAGCUCUGUCGAGACCUCUUUCACUGCAGCUGUGUCGCCAUGGCCGCAGACCUCGAGUUCGGUCAAGCCUGGCUGUGCCCGCUUUGCAAGCGGUCAAAGAAACCUCCUCUGGACAAGGUCCUGCCUUUGUUGGCCUCGCUGCAGAGGAUUCGGGUUCGCCUGCCGGAAGGAGACGCCCUGCGGUUCCUCAUUGAGAGGACGGUGCGAUGGCAGCACAGAGUUCAGCAGGCGUGCACAGCUGGACUGCUGUCCGUUACAGCAAAUGCGUGGCCCAGAACGGCUACAUAUCUGUCUCAGGAAAUAAACGGUGGUUCUUUUUACACAGAGCAUCAGUCGCUCCCACCUCAGGCACUCAGUCCAGAUGUGGAGGAGCUCAUGCUGGAGGGAUUCCUGCUGCAGGUCACUCUCCCCGAGACCGAACAGUUGUACAAAUACUUGACAUACAAGCUCGCACCGCCGCCCUCGCACAGCAGCCCCAGUGGGAGGGGCACGGAACAGUCUCCGAGGAGGAGUCCUCAACACAAUAAGGGUGGAGUUUCCAAAAAGGAGUCACUGAGCAGUCAGAGCAACAGGACCAAGAGACGCAAAGAAAGCUCCGACUCACAGCACAGCGAGAAAGCCAAGAAAUCCCGGAAGAAGAAGCCCAAAAAGAGCAAAGAACGGAGCGAAGAAGUGAAGAGGGUUUGCUCGCCGGGCCACACGUCCUCUGACCCCGCCCCUUCAGAUUCAGAGGAAGACUUUUCACUCUGUGCUGCACCGUGGUGCAGAGAGCCAGAGGGGGAUGAGGUGAACUGGGUCCAGUGUGACGGCAGCUGUAAUCAGUGGUUCCAUCAGGUCUGUGUGGGACUCUCUGCUGAGCGAGCGGAGAAGGAGGACUACAUUUGCAUAAGCUGCACACAGCCGGACUAUGAAAGAGGAGAUUGAAGACCAAAAAACCCCGUCACAUUAAAGGAUGAGCAGUCUCUUUGAAAGCCGCUGCACUGGAGCGCACACUUGAACUCCUGUGUGGCUCCUCCCCUUUACCUUCUGGCUUGCCCUCAGUGAACAUGGUGCUACUGUAUUUUAUUUUUUUUUUGUUUCUUUUUUUCCAUCAGUUACUAAAGACUUCUGUCACUGCUUUUGUCUUUUGGCUGGUUUUUCCAGCAAAUCAACUAAUCUUUUCUCAAGAGUUUAUACAGAUGUGGUUUAAAAAAAAAAAAAAAAAAAAAGAGAAGAGCCAGCAUUGCAGGGAUCUUUCAACCAAAAGAUGUCAGUUGACAUUUCGGAUAUAUUUUUUUAUUUUUUUUUUUUUUUUUUUUUGACAUGCAUCUGAACAAUGUGAAACUUCUCUUUUUGUUGUAGAUUAAAUUGUAUUUAUCUGAGCAGUAGCUGAACUGAUGAUUUCAGAUACAGUUUUCACCUGAACUAUAUUUGUGCGUAGAGAUACUUUGAUUAGAUGCCUUCCUGAAGCAAAAACCCUCAAGAAUACACUUUAUAAGACCUUUUAAUAUCUUGUGAUUGAGUCAACAAUUGUGUGCACCUAAAAAUAGAAAGUGGAACUGCACGGUUCUGAACUACUAAAGUUUGCACCUGGUUAUUUGCCAUUACCCCCUUCAUGUUUUCACUGGCUUACAUGUAGUCAGGAUUUCCUUUAGCGCUUGUUCGCGGGGGAGGAUGCAGGUCCCGGACCCCCUUGUUCCUGGAGGUGGAAGACACUUGAUUACGUUCGGAAAGUGAGAAUGAAAUGCCCCGACAUGAAAGGAAUGUACAUUUAGUUUUUGGGUGAAUUUUCCCCUUUAUGGUUGAGGUUGAAAAUAUUAUGUUGGACUUGGAUAAGACUCAGACUGUGUGAAUUAUUUACCACGGGUAUAUACACUUUUUUUCUUGCUCCUUUGGAUAAAUAAUAUAAUUCAUAUGUUGCAUUUUGCAUUAUAAAAUAAAAUGUUUGUUCCCAUA